AUGAAUUUUUCAUAUGUCGAAUUUCCCUGCACACUCCCACUGAAUACCUUUAAAGCUAACUUCAGUGCGAACGACGUGAUACUACCACGAUUGCAUGACAAAUCCCUGGAUGUCGGCAAUGGCCAGCAGACAAGAGAUAACGACGGCGGUGGCAGGCAACAGCAGCGACCAAAUCAACCGGAAUCGUUGCGUCAUUUGGCACUCGAUGCCAUCAUUGCCAAUUGGAAUGACAAUCCCAUCUUCGAGGUGUUGACGCGACAAGAGGAUCGCAACUACAUACUUGCCCACCUGGAUACACAGUUGCCGCUUAAGUUGCUCAGCGCACGCAUACGUGACGAUUUCUUUUGGCGCCGCUGUUGUCAGCAACGCUGGAAGCCACACCAUCACUCGAACGGGCUGUCACAGACGCAGCCAUGGAUUAGCAUCUACAUGCAGCGACAUCUGCAGGAGUUCAUCGAAUGCGUGGAGACGUGCGAUUACGAACGGGAGCAAAUGCAGGCGAUAUUGAACAUUUGUGCACCAUAUGUAAAUCAACUGGAGUUGAAAUAUUUGAAACCGGCCGCAGAUGGACGUAAUGAUCACAUUCCACUCGAUUUCAUAUUGAGCAACUUGCCCGAAUUGCAAACGCUACGCUUGACUUACGCCACCAAGACGGUGGGCAGUCAGUUUUGUCUGGGCAGCAAUACACUUUCACAGAAAGACAUAAUCACCCUGUCACGUGGCUUGAGUCAGUGCCAUGAGUUAUGGGCAUUGUGCUUUCAUAGCACUAAGCUCGAAUCUUAUCAACUUUCAUUUUUGGCGCGUGCUUUGGACAAGGGUUGCCACAAACUCACUACUUUGUCCAUAAUACAUUGUGCAGUACGCGAUGCAGGUAUUAAAGGAUUCUUGAGCGCAUGCAAUAAGGAGUCAUUUAACACACUGGAAGUGCUGGAUUUAACGGAUAAUCGAAUAUCGUCAGAAGGUGCCUAUGUACUCAGCUGCACCAUGAAAGGACUUUCGCUGCGUAAGCUAAUUCUUCGCAUGAAUCCCAUAGAGAGUGACGGUGCCGCUGCUAUAUUUUCACUUUUGUGCGAUUUGUCUGUGGAGAUACUAGACAUUAGUGGUUGUUCUAUUUGUAAAUCCAUAACGAAACUCUUCAUGCAGUUAAUCAUAAAACAUAAGUCUUUAGUGAGCAUCGAUAUAUCAAAUAACGAUCUAGGCGAGGAAUUCGGUAAGCAACUUUACAAGAUCAUCGGUUUCAAUAAGAUUCUGCAGUAUUUGGAUUUGCGCAACACGGGAAUCAGCUUAGAGUUAAGAAAUAAUAUAAAAGGUGUUCUAGAAGUCAAUAAACUGAAAACUAAACCAUAUCUGAAAACAAUCGUAAAAAAUAUGUAAUAAAAGAAAAAAUUUGGGAACACGAUACUUUGCAUAUUUUAAGGAUUUUGCUUUUUAGGAACUUAAUGCUGGAGGUUGGAGUCACGUGUAGAAGUUUACGUAAGUUAGGUAAGUUUCUGACUGCCAUUCUCUUGAAAG